AUGGCGCUGUGGCCGCUGCUGCUGAUCACCCUGGGAGUGUGGCUGCUGAUCCGCAAAUGGCCACUCCUGCGGUUGGGAGCCAGUCUACCGGGACCCUGGGCCUUUCCGCUCCUGGGCAACGCCCAGAUGGUGGGCAAACUACGGCCGGAAUUCAUCUUUCUCGUUUUCACAGAGCUGCGAGACCGCUUCGGGGCCACCUAUCGCCUGUGGCUGGGUCCCCAGCUCUGGGUGUUCCUCCACUCGGCCGAGGAGACGCGGCAGGCCCUGCAUGAUCCCACGCUCCGCAAGGCGGAGACCUUCCUGCAGCUGGAGCCGCUCAUCGGCAACGGACUGCUCAUCAGCCAUGGAGCCCAUUGGACCAGGCAGCGGCGCCUCCUGACGCCCGCCUUUCAGCCGCAACUCCUGCGCAGCUUUGCUCAGGGUAUCGCUGGACAUGCGGAUCGCUUGGUCAGGAGGUUGGAGGCUACCAAGGGAGCCCCUCUGGAGGUCACCGAUCCCCUGUUCGCCUGCCUUCUAGACGCCAUUGUGGACACCUCGAUGGGCGCCCAACUGGACACUCAGUCGGUGGAUCACUCACCCAUCAUCAAUGCUUUCCAUCUCAGCAGCAAGUUACUAUUCAAGCGCAUGAUCAAUCCGCUCCUGGCCUCCGACUGGGUCUUUCGGCGCACCCAACUCUGGCGGGAACUCAACGAGCAGCUCCAGGUGAUCCACACCCUGAUGGAAUCGGUGAUCGAAAAGCGCGCCAAGCAGCUGGAGGAGAAUGGAGAAACUCCAGGAAAGGGGAUCAAUCUCCUGGAUACUCUUCUUCUGGCCAGAUUCGAGGGUCAACCCCUGAGCAGGAGGGAAGUUCGUGAUGAGGUCAACACCUUUGUGUUUGCGGGAGUGGACACCACGACGGCAUCCAUGUCGUUUGUGCUUUAUGCCCUCGCUAAGUAUCCCGAAACGCAGUCCCGUCUGCGUAAGGAGCUGCAGGAGCUUCCGAUGGAUGGCUCCUCCGACCCGGACACCCUCAACGAGCUGCCCUAUCUGGAUGCGGUGAUCAAGGAGGUGCUGCGCAUGUACACCAUAGUGCCCACCACUGGACGGCAGACCACCAGAACCACGGAGAUCGGAGGAAGAACCUACUGUGCCGGGGUCACUCUAUGGAUCAACAUGUACGGAUUGGCCCACGACAAGCUCUACUAUCCGGAUCCAUAUGCCUUCAAGCCGGAGCGGUGGUUGGAGGAUGGCGAUUCCGCACCACCCGCCUUCAGCUACAUUCCCUUUUCGGGGGGGCCACAUGUCUGCAUCGGAAGGCGGUACUCCCUGCUCCUGAUGAAGCUGCUCACCGCCCGCCUCGUCAUGGCGUUCGAUCUGGCACUGGGUUCGGAGCGGGCUCCUCUCAAGCUGCAGGCCCAAAUGGUGCUGAAAGCCCAAGAGGGCAUACAUGUGUCCUUCCUGAAACGAUAAAAACGAUAUAUAUUUCUUAGUUAAAAUAAUAUUAAAAAAAAAUAAUAUAUAGAAAACGAGUAUUAUAAACACGUGAAAAAAAUUAAGAAUAAAGAAAAAUGUAUAGUUUGAA